CUGGUCUCAAAAAAUUACCAGCAAGUCCCUGGUCUUUGCUAAAAAAUGUCUGGAACUUCUACAUCGCACCCGAAGACGAAACUAGUGUUGAAGGCAAAGAAUCUGAUGAUGGUGAUGAAACGGGUACAACCUCUAUCCAGGAAUCCCGAGGCAAAAAAAACAAAGGCAACUCUGGUCUCCAAUACGCCAUAGCCUUCAUCCUGGUAAAACCUUUAAUCCUGGCAGCAAUCCUUCCGUUUUUCCUGCCAGGAAUGAUGUUUGCUGCAGCCAAAAUUGGCCUUAUAAACAACAUAGCCUUUGGAAUGGCCUUGUUUUCCUUCAUCAGAGGAAUGGCCUUUAAUGACGACAAGGCAAAUGUUGUUUAUGAUAAUCCUGGAUAUGGAGGACAUAUGGCAGGAUAUCAUACCAGGAAUUUCUAAGUUUUCAAAAUGGUUCGUUUGGAAGCUACAAAUCAGAUGCAAAAUUUUCUGGAACUAGAAAAAGGUGCAAAGUUAAAAGAUUUUAGUUAUAAUUUAAUCGAAGACUGUUCUAAGUUAGAGGAAAAAAAUAGAUUGAAAUUGGAAACUUGUGAAAAUGAUGGAGCUGAAAAUGUAACAGUUUUACCACCAGACAAAGAUUUUUCUGACAAUGUAGAAGACACCAACAAAAAUAUUUCCCUAAAAAAGCGCACAAUCAUAAAAUCGAAUUCCAUCGAAAAUUCUUCACCAAUUUCCAUAAAAAAAUCGGUGUCUUUUGAAGAUGACACCAAAGAUGAUCCAGAAAUUAUUUUAGAUGAUAAAUUAGAUGUCCAAAAUGACACCAAAAAUGAUUUGGUAGAAGAAUUUGUACCAAAAAUCAGAUGGCCAGAUACUAUAGUGCAAUUGUUUAUACAUUUAGGAUUUGUUUAUGGAUUUUAUUUGGUUUUGACUAAGGCACAAUAUAAAACUAUUUUAUGGGCAUUUUCUACUGUGAUAUUAUCCGGGUUCGGAAUCACCGCAGGCGCACACCGUUUGUGGUCUCAUAGGUCAUACAAAGCGACUUGGCAAUUGAGGACCAUACUCAUGUUUCUCUUUACCAUCACUGGACAGAGGGAUGCUUACACAUGGGCCUUAGAUCACAGGGUUCAUCACAAAUAUUCAGAGACGGAUUCGGACCCUCACAAUGCAAAACGUGGAUUUUUUUUCGCCCAUGUGGGUUGGCUUGUUUUGACACCACAUCCUAAUGUUGUACUUAAAAGGAAACAGGUUGAUAUGAGUGACUUGGAAGCCGAUGCAGUAGUCAUGUGGCAAAAAAGGUUUUACAUCCCUCUAUUUGCCCUAUUGGCCAUAGGUUUACCGGUUUUGGCGCCUUGGUAUUUUUGGCAAGAAGACCUAUGGGUUUCUUUUUGGGUCAAUUUUAAUUUUAGGUUCUGUUUGACCCUAAAUAUUGCAUUUUUUGUGAACAGUGUUGCACAUAUGUGGGGCCAGAAACCUUAUGACAAAAAUAUAAGUCCAGUGGAAAACUUAGGGGUUGCAAUUGCAGCCCUUGGUGAAGGUUGGCACAAUUAUCAUCAUGUUUUUCCAUAUGAUUAUAAAACAGGUGAACUAGGAGGGUACACUUUCAAUCCAACAACAGGCCUCAUAGAUUUCUUUGCAAGAAUAGGAUGGGCUUACGAUCGUAAAUCAGUUUCCAGAAGAAUGAUAGUCCGAAGGGCCCUUCGAUCAGGUGAUGGGUCAUUUAUUUUAGACCCACAUGCCGAAGAGACCCAAAUUUGGGGCUAUGGGGACGUCGAUAUGGACGAACAGGACAUCAAAGACCUUAUUUUACCAGAUCAAAAAAAAAUAGGAAAAAAAUAGUUGAAAUUUA